GAAAAUUCAGUUCGAGUUUAGCCUUCUUUGCGUUCAGACCUGCUCGGAAAACAGCGGAAAUCUGAAAGCGGUUAAAGCAAAACCAAGAAAAAGUAAAAACCCAAGUCCAUCAAUCACAAUUCUUGUUUCUUCGUCGAGAGUGUGUCAAGUGUGAAACAAAAAAAAUAAAGAAAAGAAAAAAAAACUGUGCAACAUAGAGCCAACAAUUUUUGGCCCACAAGUGCUAUGCUAAAAAAAAUAUAUACUUAAAAUAAAAUAUAUCAGAAAAUAAAAGUGAAUCGCCUUCAUCUCACAAACACACAUUUUGGAUUAUUGCCGUCGCAUUAUUCUGUGGAUUACUUCAACGUUAUUUAAACUUUACUUGUGGAUUAUACCAACGAGAACAACAACACAAACAACUUAAACAUGGUUGUCCUGGAAGGAGGCGGCGGUGUUGUUACCAUUGGCAACAACCAAUAUUUGCAACCGGAUUAUUUGGCACCUUUGCCCACAACGAUGGAUGCCAAAAAGAGUCCCUUGGCUCUGUUGGCCCAGACUUGCUCACAAAUUGGUGCCGAUUCAUCGGCAGUCAAGCCACUUUUGGCCAUGGAUAAGAAUAAGACAAAAUCGGGCACUUGCUCCUCAUCGUCGACAUCGUCGAGCAGCAGCAGCAGUGCUGAGAUAUCAGCGGCCAAGUCGCCACCCACACAAAUUCAAGCCAAAUCACCGAAAUCAUCAACGCCAAUCAGUGUGACCACAAUUAACACCACAGCAACCACAACCACCACCACCGGCGGUGGUGAGUCAGUCAAAUUGGCCUUCAAGCCGUACGAGACAAAUGUGCUUAGUCAUCAGAAUCAGAAUAGUUUCAAGAGCAAUUCAUCAGCGACAGCCACAGUGGAUGAGCGGCCCAGCUCAAAGAGCUCAUCCAGCCAUGAGACUCGUGUGCCAUCGAGAAACAAGUCGAAUGCUACGCCCACUGAAUUGAAAUCAGAUGCAGAUGUCAGCCGAAAGACAGUAUCGCCGGCCGGAUCCUCCCAGCGUGGAGCCAGUCCCAUUGUCCGUUCCGGAAUGGAAGUUUUGAACAAUGCCAAUGGCACCGCCCAACAUCCCAAGGAGAUGAGCAGCAUGGCAGCGGCGGCUGCAGCAGCAGCAGCUGCUUACAAGGCAGCCGGUGGUCCAUAUGGCGGCCUGAAUCCCCUGUCCGCUCUCUGCUGUCCACCAGGCAUGGAACAACAUGCUGCCAAUCCCGCAUUCCGUCCACCAUUUGCCGGCGGUUUCUCACAUCAUCAUGCAGCCAUGUUGGCCGCGGCGGCUGCCAAUGGUGGCGUCUAUCCACCAAAUGCCGGUGGUGCCGGUGGUCCUGGAGCUGGACAACCCAAUCCAUACAUCACUUAUCAGCGCAUUAAGACACCAGCCGGAGGAGAGGCCAUAGUGCCCGUCUGCAAGGAUCCCUAUUGCCCCGGUUGUCCCUAUUCGGCGCACACACAACAAAUGCUGAUGGGUGCCCCCUGUCCGGCGGGUUGCACGCAAUGCGAGCACCAGAAAUAUGGAAUGGCCAUGGCCAAUGCCGCUGCUGCUGCCAGUGGUCUGCCACCAUCUCAUCCGUAUUCCCAGGCGGCAGCCGCAGCAGCUGCCAAUGCCGCCGCCGCCCGUUCAGCUCCCUAUGUCUGCAGUUGGGUGGUCGGCGAUGCUUAUUGCGGCAAGAGAUUCCAGACCUCCGAUGAACUCUUCACUCAUCUGCGCACGCACACGGGCAAUCUGUCGGAUCCGGCUGCCGCUGCGGCUGCUCUGGCCCAGUCCCAGGCUCAGUCGCUGCUGGGCACUCUCUUCCCGCCAUCGGCCCUGCGUGCCGGUUAUCCAACUCCUCCGUUGAGUCCCAUGUCGGCGGCAGCAGCGGCCGCACGUUAUCAUCCGUAUGCCAAGCCACCGGGUGCUAUGGUCCAGGGUGGUCCAUCGCCAUUUGGUGCUGCUGGAGCCUUCAAUCCUGCAGCGGCAGCUGCAGCAGCUGCUUUGGGUCCAUAUUAUUCGCCGUAUGCCAUGUAUGGUCAGCGUAUGGGUGCAGCUCAUCAAUAGAUAUACCAAAAAACAAUACAAAACUCGUUUGGAUUGGAAUGAAAACAGCAUUGUUCAACACUAAUUUUCAACACUAUUAGUUACCAGCUUGAGUUAUUGCAAGGCGUUCUUAAAGACUGUCUUUCUACACAACACUUCGAGGAAUAAUGUGAAAAAGUGCACAAUUUAAACCAAAAUUUCAACUACUAUAACUUUUUUGGACGUUUUUCAAAAUAGUUUUUCCCGUUUUCACUUUCGAAUUCAGUUAAAAAACCAAGCAGAGUUACUUAUUAUUCCAACAUUUUCAAUACUUCAGCACUAAAUUAUUGUUUAACUUUGAAAACACAUAAAAAACUAAA